GAAGCGCUCUGUGAACCACGUGACGCAGUUCUCCGUGGUGUCAGAGUGGAAAAGACACAGGUGUUAUUUCUUUGUAAAUACUGUUAUUUGUAUAUACUGUAAAUGAUGACGUCCAUGGGCGGGAACCGAGCCCGGGGCAACUGGGAGCAGACGCAGAGCCAGACACAGAGCCAGACACAGCACAAGCAGAGGCCUCAGGCCACCGCAGAGCAGAUCAGACUCGCGCAGAUGAUUUCAGACCACAACGAUGCAGACUUUGAAGAGAAGGUUAAACAGCUGAUCGACAUCACAGGAAAGGACCAGGAUGAGUCGAUGAUCGCGCUGCAUGAUUGCAACGGCGAUGUCAACAGAGCCAUUAAUGUGUUGCUGGAGGGUAGCCCAGACACGGACUCCUGGGAAAUGGUGGGUAAGAAGAAAGGAGUGUCGGGUCAAAAGGAAAUCAGCCAAGCUGAACCCGGAGAGGAAGGAAAGGAGAACAGAGAGAAAGGAGCGGAGAAAGAUGCAGCACGUCGUCGAGGUGGACCGCCACGCAGGGGCCGAGGAGCAAGCAGGGGACGAGAGUUUCGUGGUCAGGAGAACGGCUUGGAUGGAGGAAAAGCUGGACUAGCUGGAAGAGGAGCAGAGCGAGGUCGAAGGGGCAGAGGCAGAGGGCGGGGAGCUCUCGGAGUAUCUGGACGGCGAGGAGGCAGAUUUUCGGCACAGGGCAUGGGAACAUUCAAUCCUGCCGACUAUGCAGAGCCAGCCCAGACAGAAGAAAACUAUGGAGGGGGCAGCACCUGGAACAACACGGGAAACGUGGAGUUGGAGGAAGGAGCAAGGUUGGAGUACUCUGCAGGAGAGGGAACAAAUUACCCAUCCAAGUUUGACUCUGCUCCUGGUGCCUGGAGGUCUGCCACGGAGGAGUGGGGUACUGAGGACUGGAAUGAAGAUCUAUCGGAGACUAAGAUUUUCACAGCUUCCAGUGUGGCAUCAGUGCCUCUGCCUCAAGAGAAUGUUACAAUCACCAAAGGACAGAGGAUUGACCUUGCGGUGCUGCUGGGGAAGACUCCUCCUGCUUCCUCCUCAGAGACAGAAAACACCCCCACGGAGGCCACCCAGCCCCCCUCUCUGUCUCAGUCUCUGGUUUUUAGCAACUCCAAGCAAGGAGUGCCACUUUCCCAACCAUCCUCCAACCCUCCUUAUUCCCAGCACAGCAUGGCCGGCAUGUUGAGCAAGGGAUAUGGAGAAGUUAGAGAGCCCAAAGGAGCUAGCACAGGGACCACUGGCUCCCAGUUCCUGGAGCAGUAUAAAACAGCCCAGGCACUGGCUCAGCUGGCUGCACAGCACUCCCAGACAGGACCUCCCAGUACAGCUCCUUCAUCCUGGGACACCAGUGCCUCCACAUUGGGACAAUAUGAUCUGAAGACUCAGUCGGAGUCUGGGAUCCAUACACCCUUUACAAAGCGACAGCCCUACCAGGCUGCCACGUCAACCUCGUCCAUGUUGGAUGCUUUCCUGCAGGACAAAGGGCUGCCUCCUUCCUCCCCCGUCUCCUCGUCAUCAUCCUUACCGCAACAAACGACAUCCUCACCCCACGCGGUGCCACCACCUGCGUCCUCCCUUCCCAAAAUGGCAGCUGGAUCAUCUCUAGGUCAGCAGGUCUCCCCAAGUUCCUCAGAUAACCAGGGUUCAAGUCCACUGCCUCUGCAGCAACACAAACUCAAACAGCAGAAGAAGAGAACCUCUAUCACAACAAAGAUCCCAGCAAUGGCAGUCGAGAUGCCUGGAUCGACGGACAUCUCGGGCCUCAACCUCCAGUUUGGAGCGCUGCAGUUUGGGUCAGAACCUGUUCUACAAGACUAUGAGUCCACUCCUGCCACGACGACACCGGGUAACCAAGUUCAGAACAGUCUGUACACGAGUCCCAGCAGUGAGUCGACACCAGUUCUUUCCAACUCAAGCCAAAUGGACAUGUAUGAUCAGAGAGCAUCUCAAACGCGUCGUUACCCGCCUUCGGUCUCCUCCUCUCCUCAGAAGGAUAUGCAGGCAAAGAAUGGUUACAGUUCAAUACAAACAGCUCAGUCUGUGGAAGGUUCUGCAGUUUCAGUAAAGCCAGCUUCUGAUUCAGUCACGCCAUCGUCCGUCUCCAGCAUGGGCACUUUGGCAGACAGCGGCUCGGGUCCUGCCUCGUUACUGACCACAUCCAAUCAGACAUCACUCAGCGCUCAUGGGCACAACGAAGACCUGCCCUCAAGCUCCAUUCCCCCUCCUCAGCACAACUCACAUCCAUCACAACAAAACAACCUUGCUCCAUCUUCAGUCCGGACAUCCAACUCAAGCUUAUUGCAUCCCAGUGUAGAUGGUGACUUGAGUCUGCAUUCCUCGUUCACUUCUGUCUCGGCUGUGCCGCCUUCAUCAGUACCUUCCUCCUCUUCCUCCAUGGCUGCUGCACAGGUGUCACUGGGGGCUCCUCAGGCCUCCUCAGUAGGCCCUGCCACAGUCUCAACGCCCUCUGGCCAAGGCCCCGUCAGCAACCUGACCAUGGGCAUCAACGCUGCCUCCAUGGGUGCCCCAUCAUCUGCCCCCGCUGCUGUUUCAGUCUCCACCAUGUCUUCAGCCAUUCCCUCUUCAGCUACACCUUCCACACGAAGCUCUGCAGCAUGCUCAGGGAAAGCUCCUCCAAACCUGCCACCUGGAGUGCCCCCUCUACUGCCAAACCCAUAUAUUAUGGCUCCUGGUCUACUUCAUGCCUACCCACCUCAGAUGUAUGGCUAUGAUGACCUACAGAUGCUGCAGACAAGAUUUCCAUUGGAUUAUUACAGCAUCCCAUUUGCAACUCCCACGACAGCACUGACCGGCAGAGAGGGAGCUCUGACGACCAAUCCUUAUUCUGGGGACUUAUCAAAGUUCGGUCGAGGUGAUGCAUCAUCCCCGGCUCCAGCCACCACAUUAGCUCCGACUCAACAGAAUCAGACCCAGACGCACCACACUGCACAGCAGCCCUUCCUCAAUCCUGCGCUGCCUCCUGGCUACAGCUACACAAGCCUUCCGUAUUACACUGGCAUGCCAGGCCUGCCCAACACCUUCCAGUACGGACCUGCUGUGUUUCCGGUGGCUCCUACCUCGUCGAAACAGCACGGUGUUAAUGUUGGCGUCAACGCAUCCGCCACACCCUUCCAGCAGGCUAGUGGCUACAGUUCCCAUGGAUACAGCACUGGCUAUGAGGAUGUGGGCCAGGCUUCAGGGAGUGGGGAUUUCUGUAAGGGCGGAUACGGCACUGCCGUGGCCGCAGCCGCUUCUGCACAAAACAAGCCAGCCAGCUCCGUCACCGGGCCUGGAGUCGGAGUUUCUGUGACGUCCAGCAACACAGGAGUACCAGAUAUUUCUGGGUCUGUUUACACAAAGACACAGUCAUUUGAAAAGCAGGGUUUCCACGCUGCGACACCAGCAGCUUCCUUCAGCCUGCCCUCAGCGCUGGGGAGUGGGGGGCCCAUCAACCCCCCGGCUGCGGCUGGCUACGCUCCGGCCCCCUUCAUGCACAUUCUGGCUCCGCACCAACAGCCCCACUCUCAGAUUCUGCACCACCACCUGCAGCAGGAUGGACAGAGCGGGACCGGGCAGCGCAGCCAGAACGCCUCCAUUCAGCAAAAGUCUCAGAUCAACAAGUCGGCAUACAACAGCUACAACUGGGGGGGCAACUAACAUCCACUGACCAAACCCCUCCCACUUCGUCGACGAGCUGAGAAAAGGAAGCAGGGCUCAUCACUCCUCCUUUGGUCGGUUUCCUCCCCCCUCUUCCUAGAGGGACACCCCCCACCCCGGGUCUUUUGGCUCAGCAUUCCCACAGCCCACAGGAGGUGCUGUGCUGAACUAGCACCGUCGAAAUGGGGGGUUGGGGGGGAGAAGGAGCUUCGAAGUGGGAUUGUAUCUAAAAGGUUGAAAAAAAUCA